AUGCUUAUCUCCCAGAUCCUCCUCGGCCUUGUGGCCACUGUCUCUGCCAUCGACAUCCGCCUCUACACCAACGGGAACAAUUGCGGCGGUGCCAACUUCUUUUGCCAGAACGCCAACCCCGACUUCUGUUGCAGUGGUGUCGACAUCAACGUCUACCCCAGCGUCGGCUUCCACGCCAUCCCGACGGACUGGGUUCUCCAAUGCCAUGGCCAUGCUAAUGGCAGGUGCAACGACCUUAGACAGGUUCUGACUGCCCGUAACACACAAGAUGUGUGUCUCACAUCCGGCCCAUUCUCGGGCGGCGGCUACGGCUUCACCUCCAGGAAGCGCCUCGAUGGUGCGACCGAGGCCUGCGCCACCACUGAAGGCUGUACCAAGCACGUGAAGCCGGACAUGUUGGAGCUAGAAGAUGGCACCUUAUACCGCAUUGCCGGCAUUGAUGAUGCUAGUCUAACCGAACUGUAA